AUGGGAAGUGAUAUUGUGGCAGAAAACUAUAUUUAAACUAAAAUGCCUUAUAUUGGAUAUUAAUGGUUUUAAGAAUAAGUAUAUUGGUUAACAAUAAAACAUUAUAUAUCAAAUGAUGAUUUUGAUGACUUUAUUUUAGAAGAUGAUGAACCAAAUCCAGUGAAUAUUGAUCACUGGAGAAGAUGUUAAGGAUAAAUUUCAGUAGUAAAAUCAUAAGAACACUCUCCAAUUCGAAGAAGUGAAACAAAGAAAUUAACUAAAAUAUCUAUGGGAUAAACUUAAAGAAAUAGUGAAAACUACUAAUGUUAAAUAAUAAAGAUGGGAGAAAUAGAUGAUGAUAUUGAAUUUGAUCCAAAUAUUGAAAGCAUGAGAUAAGCUAAAUUUAGAUAGAUACAAAUACAAUAGUAAAAGUUAUAAAAUGAGAAGAUAAAAAACUAAGAAGUACAAGAGUAAGCAAGAUAACUUAAGAGAUUGAAUGUUGACUCUAAAUGUACAAAUACUAUUUUUAUACUCAGCUAAAUAUACAUAUGACUUUGAGGGUAAAGUAAUUGUCUAAAAACCACCUGAUA